GAUCCUAGCUUGUCACAACCAUGGUCAGAACGCUGAGAGGCAGUGAACAGUAGAGGUCUAACGUUAGCUCAGCUACUCAUUAGGACAGAGACAUUGAACUGAGAAGACGUUUUGCCGUGAACAUUUCUGAAAGCAAAUGUUAACGUUCGGAUAGUACCGUUUGCUAGGCCGUCUAGCGUUUCGGGGGCUAGCUUUCAGUUUACUCACUGGUGUUCUGCGGUGGAAAUAGCAAAAAUGUCGUCUCCAAGUCCGGGUAAAAGGCGAAUGGAUACCGAUGUGGUGAAACUCAUUGAGAGCAAGCACGAAGUCACCAUCCUCAGUGGACUCAAUGAAUUUGUAGUGAAGUUUUUUGGACCACAAGGGACGCCAUACGAGGGAGGUGUUUGGAAGGUGCGAGUAGAUCUUCCAGACAAAUACCCAUUCAAAUCACCAUCAAUAGGAUUCAUGAACAAGAUUUUUCAUCCCAAUAUUGACGAAGCGUCAGGGACAGUGUGCUUAGAUGUCAUCAACCAGACAUGGACAGCCCUUUAUGAUCUGACCAACAUCUUUGAGUCGUUCCUGCCCCAGCUGCUGGCUUACCCAAACCCCAUCGACCCCCUGAAUGGAGAUGCAGCUGCCAUGUACCUUCACCGGCCAGAGGAGUACAAGCAGAAAAUCAAAGAGUACAUCCAGAAAUAUGCAACAGAGGAGGCUCUGAAGGAGCAAGAAGAGGGGGCAGGCGACUCUUCAUCUGAAAGCUCCAUGUCUGAUUUCUCAGAAGACGAGGCCCAGGACAUGGAGUUGUAGUGAUAGGAGGGCUCCCCCAUCCCGCCCCCUCCUUUAACCCCCACAGAGACUAUAUUUGAUUUCCUAACCAUGAGAAAGCAGACUUAUAAUAUUCAUAUUUAAACAAGUUGAUUUUUUAUUAUUAUUAUUACUACUAAACAAGGAUUUUUAUGGAUAUCUAGCCUUUGGUGUGUUUGACAGACACCCUCCCAUUCUGUAGCUGUUCUGCCUACGCAGAUGUCGCAACUGCUUUCAUGUCCUCUGCCUGUCAUCUCCACAUUUUUAAGUUGUGUUAUGUAUUCGUAGGCAGGAAAUCUCCCCGUGAACAUCUCAUUUCUGUACUCGCAUUUCACUUUUUAAAGUAGAACUUUCCAGUUUGACCUGAAUCCUAAUUUUCUCUAUCUUUCAACAAUGCUAAUUGAUUCUGACCAGCAUCUUGUCAGUUGCUCCACUAGAGAGCCGCUUAGGUCUUGCCUGCCUGCGUGUACAGCUCUACGAUAUUAACCUGUAGUCAAGACAGUAUUUUUAAGGCGCACAAUCACACACGAGGUGUUUUGGCACACCUUCCAUAAAAAUACAAAAAAUGUAGUGCCAAUACUAUAGAGGCUCAUUAAUCAACUCUAAAGGCUACCUAAGCAUAUCUUUUUCAACAUAUUGUCUGAGACAUGUGAGUAAAAAAAAAAUAAAAAAUAAAAAAAAAAAUGCCUUUCUUUAUCGCUCAGCGUAGCUUGGAAUGCUACCUUGGCUGUUAGUUUACUUUUUGUUACUCUUUGUUGAUCAGCUGCAGCUGCCUGUCAACAUGUGCCAGUGUGCAGGGCAAAAAUAAAUGCUUAACAAGGUCAGUUCUUGGAAAACCAAGCGAUUAAAUACACGUCUCAUGACAUUGUGAGUGACAAUGUGGCGAAAAAGACGUGGUGGGUGCUUUUUGGUGUUGAUUGAUGGAACACACACUUGCUGCAAAAACUGUAUGGAAGAUUCAUGCACAAUGGCGAUUAAAAAUGGAAGUGAUUCUCCUCUGAGGCAUUUGUGGAGAUUCUGGUCAGACUCACUUGGUAUUAUGGGAACUGAAAGUAGACCAGAGCUACCCUCUAACCAUCUGACCAUAUGAAUUUCAUAGUUCAUGCAGCUCGAACUACUUUUUCUGUUAAGAGGCACCUCAUACGCAUGAGCACCAAACAUCCUCAUUGUGCAGGAUACUUCUGUCUUACAAUCACCUGUACUCCUGCUUUUAAAACAAAUUUCUAUUAGUAUUAUUGGUCAAGAACAACUUUCCAGGCAGAGAAAGAAUGUAAUUAUCACCUAUUUUGGUGAAUUUAGAAAACCAGCACCAAAGUCAGUUUUAAUUUAAGUGAAAAGCAGCAGAAAUGGUCAUAUGGUUACUGAGCUAAUCUGAGUAAAAACGAAGAGUGAUUUAGUGAAGAUUCAGGUUCACGUAGUAUCAGUCCUCCUCACAUUCCACUGUUACCUGGAGUUUGCUCCAGUGCAUGCCCUUCACAUUGGUCUGACCUGUGGUAUGUAACCUGACUGCAACGAAUGGACUCCCACACUUUGUCUGCCUACCAGGAUCUCUGUUUGGAUCACUAGUUUGAAGAAGAUUACAAAAUAAGAGCCAAAUAUAUGACAUUUAGGCUUGUAGCAAUUUUCGUUGAGGGGAAUUAAUUUCUUAUUAUUUAAUUUCAUAUGUACAGAUUUGACUUCUUAACUGAGGGGGGGCGAGCGCAUCAUUCAUUCAUGGUUGAUUCAUUGUGGCUGGUCAUGCGUGGAAAGAGAUUGCAAUUGCAGCUUUGAGUUUUGACUUUUUUUUUUUUUUUUCUCCUUUUAUUUCUUGU